AUGAACUCUGUAUAUUGCCCCAUCGACGAUGAGGGUCACUACAUCCAGCUUCAUACAAUCAUUGCGAGUGGUGAUGCAGCACUUGUUGCCCACCGGGACGAUAUGGCAAUCAAAAUGGCAAUUGUGUACGCGAAUUACACGUUGGAGGAAGUGGAAGAGAACCGCAGUAAGAUCCGACGAGAGCAAGAAGUCUGGCGGCGCAUUCAGCCCGACUUCGAGACCCCAGUGGAAGGCAUCGUCCAAUGUCUCGACCUUCCCGGAGAUACCAUCGAGAUGAAGUACAUGUCUGGAGGUACGCUUUCAAAGUGGUUGGAGCACAGAGCACGACCUAGCAUCCAGCUUCAGAAGCGGUGGUUUCGCCAGCUUGCCAUCGGUCUCCACAAUCUUCAUCAACGCCGUGUCAUCCACAGUGAUAUUCUCAGUCGCAACAUUCUGCUGGAUGGUUCGUUGAACGUCGCGAUUUGCGAUCUCGGUGCGUCGAGUAUUAUGCCUAUCGACACUAUCAUGGCGAAUGCGGUGGAUGAAUACAAUUGCUCCAUCUGGACAGAUCUUUGCCAGCUGGGUCUUGUGUUCUACGAGAUUGCGACUGGAAGGAUGACAAGCAUCAGUCUCUACGACAACGGUGGCAGUGACAACGCUGUCGCCAGGUUUCCAUCCCGGGAUAUGCUCCCUGCCCUGGGCAAGCGACUUUGGGCCCGGGACAUCAUUGAGACCUGCUGGAGGGAGGGCGGAUAUGGGGCUGCAGGUGCAGCGGGAAUUCUCGCCAAGCUUGACAAGUUGCAUGUCCCACGCCGCCGCCGCCGUUAA